AGUUAUGUACUUGAAGGUACCAGGACAAAGUUAUGUACUUGAAGAAUAUUGUUCUCGAUAUGGUGUUCGUGGUUGUUUAAGACAUCUUUAUUAUUUAAAUGAUUUACUUGAUCGAGCUGAACAAGGAUUUAUGAUUGAUCCUCAAUUUCUUCAUUAUAGUUAUGUUUUUUGUACAUCUCAUGUUUCCGGAAAUCGACUUGAUAAUAAUGUUUCAACAAUAACUAUGGAAGAAAGAGAUCGAUUUAGUGAAAUAAUAGAACGAUUAAAACAAUUUCUUGAAAAUCAAGUUACUAAUUUUAGAUUUUCAUUUCCAUUUGGUCGACCCGAAGGUGCAUUAAAAGCAACAUUAAGUUUACUUGAGCGUGUUCUUUCAAAAGAUAUCUCAACACCAAUAUCUCGUGAUGAUAUACGAAAUUCUAUUCGAAUUUCGAAAAUGUCUUGA